GGGAAUCCAUCUAAAUCACAAAAGGCAGCCAUUUAGCAAAACCCGCACGCAACGUGCAAAGGCAAGAACUUUUGUGAGCAGUUUGUGUCGGUGUGUCAACGAACUCAGGACGAACAGUUUUUUGGGGGCCUUGAGAAAGAGGCAAUUCCAUUGAUCUGAUUCUAUCAACUGCCGCCCGUCCAAUAUCACAAGAGAAAUUUUUCGUCAAUUGGAAUUAAAAAAAAAGUCCAAGAAAUUAUGAUGAAUUGACUACGAAAACUCCAACCAACGCCCUAACAGAUGCAAAAGUAAGAGAGACUCUCGGGAGAUAAGAGAGCUGUAUUUGACCAGCUGUCGCAUCACGUUUAAAGGCACUUCUACAACACAGUGGCACUCAUUUGAAUACACGCGGUUCUUUAACAAACCAAACUUACAGCACAAAGUACAGCGCCUGCAACAACAGUCUAUGAAAUCCGAGACAGGAUAAUACUAUGGGCAACGAUACAGAACACAACCACAAGUCAUGGGGCGAAAAGAAAGCGGAAUUACAUGUGAUACUCCUUUGCUCCGUGGUCUUAAUCCUUGCCGCUAUAAUUGUAGCCGGAAAUUCUCUGGUGAUUGCUUCAGUUAUUUCGAACAGAAGACUGCAGACUAAGACAAGCGCGUUUAUCACAAGUCUCGCGGUUUGUGAUCUCAUCAUAGGUCUGGUGUUAAUGCCACUUAUUGUGGUCUCAAACACUGUGGGCCCCGCUGUACAAAACGGCCUGGAUUACUGUCAUGUUACUAUUUCCGUAGCUGUAAUGCUUAUGUUUAACUCGGUGGCAAAUCUCGGCGCAGUGACCUUCGAUCGCUUCUUGGCUGUGGUAGUUCCUCUACGCUACAAGUCAAUUAUGACUAAGAGGGUUAUAGUACCAAUCAUUGUCUUUGUAUGGAUUUUUUCGACAGUUUUUGGAUUCAUACCUUUCAUGGGGUGGCGUGCUGUUGUGGAGCCUGAGCCAGGCUCGGGGCUUUUUUGUCAAGUUCCACUAAAUCUUGCCGCUGGUUACAUCAUCACAGUUUGUGUGGUAGGAUUUCUUCCUUCCAUCUUUGUACUCGUAGCGUAUCUCAAAAUAUUUCAGACCGCUUACCUUCACGAAGUACGCAUUGCAGCAGCCAUAAACAGCGUUCUUCGCAACCAAACCGAAGUAAAACUCAACAUGAUAAAAGAGAUGAAGGCUGCUAAAAUGGUAGCACUUGUUCUUGGUGCGUUCAUAUUUUCGUGGGCUCCUCUUUUUGUGAUCAUGAUUGUUGACAUCGCUAUGAAAAAUGCUGUGAACUCGUAUAUUUACGCGGGAGGAGUGAUUUUCGCUACGCUAAAUUCAGCACUAAAUCCUGUCAUUUAUGCAUCUAUGAAUUCUGAAUUUCGAGAUACUUUUAAAGCGCUAAUUCAAUGCCAGAAUGUGAAUGCGCACAGAAUUGCUCCAGGGCCGAGUUAAGGUUGCAAAGUAAACAACCCAAUCUCACGAAUUUUAGCUUUAGUAACAUUACAUUCUUUACAAUUAUGAAUUAUUUCCUGUGGUUGAUGAUUUUUUCUUAGUAUGCGUGACUACAGAAAUAGGGGUUAUGACUUGGAAUCAAUAUAUUUUUAAAACAGAGCAGAAGAAUUCUCAAUUUGCCUGUGAAUGUUGUAAAAUACGAAUUUCAACUCCGUUCUAUUUUUAGACAAACUCAAUAAAUGAAAUCUCCGUGGAUGUACGGAGUGACUUGUUAUGAAUCAAACUGCA